GACGCCGGCCGUUGGUUCAAAGUGCAUGUUAGUAGAAGAGAUAUCGGACGUCCAUGUUGUUUGAUUCUUUUCAGUUUCAUUUUAGUUCAGUUUAUCCGUUACAAUGGCUUCGGUGGAGGAACUAUGGAACAAGCUAAAGAGUGCAGCUAACUGCAAAUCUCUUCUGAAGAAACAUCUCACAGAAGAACGCUACAAAAGUCUCAAGGACAAGAAGACAAAGUUCGGCGGAGGUUUGAAAGACUGCAUCCAGUCAGGCUGUCUGAACCCCGACAGCGGUGUCGGCAUCUACGCCUGCGACCCCGAGGGCUACACUGUCUUCGCCGAUGUCCUCGAUGAGGUCAUCAAGGACUACCACAAGGUCGAGAAGCUUGACCACCCAGAGCCAGACAUGGGCGAUUUCGACAACUUGGGCUUCGGUGACCUUGACCCUUCGGGCGACUACAUCGUUUCCACCCGCGUCCGUGUCGGCAGGAGCCAUGACAGCUACGGCUUCCCACCCGUGCUUUCCAAGGAUCAAUGUCUAAAGAUGGAGGAGGACACCAAGGCCGCCUUCGAGAAGUUCUCUGGCGAGCUGGCCGGAAAGUACUUCCCUCUGGACGGCAUGUCCAAGGAGGACCAGAAACAGAUGACAGAAGAUCACUUCCUCUUCAAAGAUGACGACAGAUUCUUGAGAGACGCUGGCGGCUACAAAAACUGGCCCGCUGGCAGAGGCAUCUUCUUCAACAACGACAAGACCUUCCUUGUGUGGGUGAACGAGGAGGACCAUCUCCGCCUCAUCUCCAUGCAGAAGGGCGGCGACUUGGCCGCAGUCUACAAGCGACUCUGCACAGCCAUCAAGACAAUGCAGGGGAGCGGUCUCUCAUUUGCCAAGAGGAAGGGUCUCGGGUAUUUGACGUUCUGCCCCAGCAACUUGGGCACAGCUCUCCGUGCCUCCGUGCACAUGAAGAUCCCGAAUCUGGCCGCACAGCCUGACUUCAAGGAAUUCUGCGAGAACCUCAACAUCCAGCCAAGAGGUAUCCAUGGCGAGCACACUGAGAGUGUCGGUGGUGUGUACGAUCUGUCCAACAAGCGUCGACUGGGUCUGACUGAGUUCGACGCUGUUCAGGAGAUGCGCAGGGGAGUUGAGGCCUGUCUUGCCAGAGAGAAGGAACUUGCCGCUGCCAAGAAGUAGUUCCUUCUAAUUAUAUAAAUAGUCCAACCCAAACCGUCCUUUUUUUCUUGUAUAUAGCCACUGUUAUUUAUAGGUAUGUGUAUUGUAUUUUGUGAUACAGCGUGUUGUUACCAUCAGGGGGUGCACCCGCAUCAUGUGUGAAUUGGGAAAUGCAUGAAGAUAAAGAAAUAAACAAUAAUAUAAUGUAAAAAAG